AUGUCCAAGACAGAAAUCCCGCCACCAUACCCAGCAACUGCCCCCAGCGCUGAGCACGUCACACCUCUCGGUGCUCUUGGAGCCACAUCAGCGAGAGUCGACUGUCCUGUCUGUAGACAACCAGCAACAACCAGAACAACCAAAACGGUCGGAGAGAGAGCGUACAUCUGGGGUGCCGUCUUGUGCGUGCUGACUGGCUGCCUGUGCUGGAUUCCAUGUGUAAUGGAUGAUUGCAAAGAUACGGACCAUACUUGUAGCAAUUGUGGACGCCCACUAGCCACUGUUGCUGCGAAUGGAGGUGUCAAGAUUUCGCCUAGUGCUGCGAGCGUGCCAUCUCAGUACGAGAGACGAAACGAGACCAUGACAGCUGCACCCUGA